GCCAACUAUGGCGAUCAACACCAGCCAAGUUCUCAAACUUGGCAUGAACGAAAAAAUUGGCUUCGUUGUCUUUUUCUUUUUCUUUUUUUUCCCCCCUUCUUUUGUUUUUGCUUCUUUUGUUUUUGAUUCUUUGCAGCCGCCGACCCAUAACGUCUCGGCCAUUUUCCCGCUGAUCCCUGUCAAGUUACGUUGUGGAAAUAUCUUAUCUUAUGGGCAGGAAAACUUGAAGAGCUUUGAAUCCGGGUGGUUGCCAACCCACCUCCAAACCAAGCUGGGGAGUUUUCCUCCAGCUCUCCGGGCUCUCCCUCAUUAUUGGUGCAAGAGAAGUAAUUCCGAGGAUUUUGUUAAAUCACGUUUAUGGAAGUGGUCAGAGGAAUCUGGCACGCCAAAAAAAAUAAAAAUAAGCUUCGAGUGUAAUGAUGCGAAGCAAAAUACAAACCAACAAUUAACCAGACAUGCGUCUUCACUCUGACCCUCAUCAUUUCUCCAUCUGCCUUGGUUGGCUUGAGUUUCGAUUCCCUGACAUAAAAGGAACAAGGAUCAGGGGCCAUGACUCGCAUAACAAAAGAUUCUUUUAGUGCUGAUCAUGGAUGUGAUAGACAGAGCGGCGGGAGAGAAAGUGAGCAUCAAGAAUUAUUAAUGCUUUUUAACACUCGCAACAAUGAAAAUGAUGCAAGACUAUACACCCGUCGCAUAUUUCCCUUCAUUACUGGCUAAGAGUUGGGCUUCGGGGGUUCCAACUCUUGAUAUGCAGAGAUGUUGGAAACGCAUGAAACACUAGUUACUGACUAGAUUCUAGGCAAAGGCUGAGAAUACUACUGUUAAGGUCAUUGACGCAUUGUUGAGAAUAAUUCUAAAAAUAAUUGCAGCUACUAACUAUCAGCCAGUGUGUCUUCACCUCCAGCUUCCUGUGUUCAUGAGAUCUCCAAUUUUUUACAAACAAUGCCGAAAUAUAGUUACUGAAAUAUAGUUACCACAAUAUAGAGAAGGGCGUUAGUGAGGCCGCUGAGAAGAAGGCCGAGGCAGAGACUCCCGCCUAUUCUCUCCCCAUCAUUCAUAACACUACUUCGUACGCACGAGAUAUGUACCACCACCAGAUUGCUCAACCCGAGGUUCAUUUUCCUCAGGAAAUGCUCACUUGUACAUACCUGGAUUUGAAUACGCUGGACUCUUGUGCCACGCACUAAUUCCAUUAUUAUUAUUCUUUAGCGAGUGGUAAGUAAACAAUCCAUCCGCCCGUCUAACGUUGUGCAAAACAUGGCUUUUCUGCCAAACAGGGCUUAUUCUUGGAGAAACAUGAUUUAAAAUUGGAACAAUUUGCGAGCAAAUCCUUCGCCAAAUGGAUGCACGACCUCCAAUCAUCUGAGGGUAAUAUAUGGGCCAUCUUUUUGAUGUAAAAUGUUUCCACACCAUCUCAGUCUCAGGAAGUGGGUGCUCUAAUUACACCCUUCAAGUCCCAUUUUGAACCGUUUCCAACUGCGGAAAAGCGGGCAAAACUUCGCUGCGCUAGCAGCUGGAUGAAACCAUGUUCUCCAGGCUGCAGGAGGACGAUACGGCAGCUGGAUGGAUGGCGCAAUGGGGCGAAAAUAUGGACGCAGGGCUGGCGGGUGGAAAUAAGCUCGAGGAAUUAGAAAAGCAAUUAUGGGAGAGCCGUCAUCGUCCCCCCCGCUGUUGCGCUUCUGAUUCGACGGUCAGAAGCGGCUGGUCUGCUAGGCUUCUCUAGCGUGCAUCCCUUAGGUUACAUGGGUUGGGCAAAAGAUGACCGCACGCAAAUUGGAUAGAUGGGCUUCUGGCGAACGAGAGCUGCCAAGUCACUUUUGCGCAGUCUUGGCCUAGGUUCGGAACGACUUAACUAAAAUCCCUGACUACCCGCUGAUUCCUUGUCCGACGCUAGCUCGGGCCACUUUACACCUCGAUCCUCCAAGCGACUACUACCGACUCGGGUUUUCCUGGAUCUGACAGAAGAGAGAGAUGCACGUUUACUACUUGCGUUCAUCUGUCUGGGACUGGGCAUUGAAGGAAGAGCCUCAGAUAAAAUAGUGCCACGGACGGAGGGAAAAUGAGAAUCGCCCUUCUCGAUUUCCCAUUUAUUUUACAAAAGAGGACGGUUAUUUUGUCUUCAACUGAUAUCACAAUAGUGUUUGCAAGGCAGGUUUGAAGUACGGAGUACGAGAGCAUGCACACUACUGCAACAUACCAGUAGUAGUCGCGUCGCUCUUUAGUCGCCGGAAAAGGGCGGAAUCGCCCUGCAUCUUGUGGGAGGCUAGAACAACUUGACGAGGCGCGACGGGAAAAUAGCUGUUGGCCCUUCAUAUGCGCAGCUUCCCAAUCCGCAGCUCGUCAGCCAACCCGGCCCUUUGAACAACAAGAUAUCAUAUGAGAAUGAAAGGUUUCACUCCCAUUCCUGGCGCCCGAAAGAGAUGCAGCAUUUAAUCUCCAGCCGAGGUGCACAUUGGUUUGCCUGAGCCACUGUUCUCUCGAUGCCUUUCUCUGAUCUCUCUCGGGUCGCUGCCGCGCAUGAAAAAGUGUCUCUCAAAUUUUCCUCGAGGCGUUCUUCGAGGUGUCUCUAUCUAAGGCGCACCAGCAAAUUAUAUUAUGGUCUUUGAUCCACCAAGCUGGGUAUUCAUUCAAAAUACUCAGCUUACAUUUACUAAAAUGAUAUUUUCCCCCUCACCGCAAUAAUGGAUAAAAAGCACUGUUUGAUAGCAUUAUUAGUUCGUGUGCUGCAUUCAGCUCUGCAAGCCAACGCACGGAAUCAUACCAAUGGCGGCAUUCGUGGAAUUGUCUCAAAUGCCCAGCGUGGAGAAUUUUCACAUGCAUAAUGGUCCAAUUGCUUUCUUCUCCUACUUGCAUAUAUAAACAACAUGCAUUUUAUCAGUUACGCAUUUCGAAUAUAUUUCCGCUCUCCCUCCAGCGGAGAGACGACGCAUUGCCGCUGCUGGUGAUCUUUGUGUUAGCGUGGCACGAUCAACCUCUUCACGUUGGGGAUGUCUGGAUAAUGAUUAUGAGAACAAAAAAUUCAGAUGCAACACUAUCUAUCAUACGGCCAAUUUUUUUGAUCCCCAUUUCACUCCCCCGCAUCCCAUUAUGUAGAAUAAGUGUCGCCUACCUGAGGCACAAGUUAUACAGUACGUAGACGUCAUGCGUUCUGCGGUGUAUAUUUCAAGGGCCCAUCUCAUCCCACAUCGUUUGGAUAGAUAUAGAUAUUUGUCACACCUGCUGUGCAAUUUUACAGAGUCCCUGUGUACUGGUGAUAUAUGGAUGACUUAGUGCUUAACUAC